CCGACGAAGCUUGGGCAUUUUUCGGUACCGAUGUUCAUUCUUGCUUUCAGUUUUAUUUCAAUCAUUCGCGGCAACGGUCGAUCGCGGUCCCGAUCAGUUACUUUCUUCCCUUCGUGCACCCCAUUUGUGCUCCCAAUUCCAUAUAGCUGGACCCGCUUGUUGUCACCCACAGUUACAACCCGGUCUCAUCCUGUAGUUGGUGUUUGCCGAUAGCGAGAUCCUCUUUGCUUCGCGCUGUAUAUCGGUUUGCAAAUGAUCUGUGAUCUGGUUGUGUGCGAAAAGUGAAGACAAAAAAAAAGUUAUGAAGUGCUGAAAAAAUUAUACACAGAAAGCUAAAAAUAUCGUCGCAGCUUAUUUCUCGGACACGAAGAACCAGAGAGGCACGGUCACGUUCAACGCGAGCAACAAUAACAACAGUCAAGCGGACAUCGAACAACACUUUCUGGGAAAACUGCUAAAAGAACACAAUCGACGCAGCUGAAUCAUGACGACCACCCGGGAGAGGCGAGAGGAAUAUCACUCGAACGUGGUUCGAACACUUACCCCAUCCAGACCACUUUCGCCUGGAACGCACACGACCGAAUUCGACAGUAAUUUAGAUAACCUCCUGGAAGACCUGCAGGCCAGUGUAUCCCGCCCCGGCAGCUCACUGGGACAGCCCCUCGCCGGGGGCUACUCGACCACAACCCGUGAAGUGCAAUAUCUGCAACCGGCCAAUGUCACUACCGUGGCCCGGGAGCGCUCCGUCAGUCCCAGCUUCCAAUCGAACAAGGUAUACAAAACGGCAAAGUAUGAAUACAAAAGCAGUAGCACCACAGGUGGCGGCGGCGCCGGUGGAGCAUUUGCCGGAGGGGCCCCCAAGCCAGGCACGGAGGGCGUCAGCGAGGUAUACCAGCGCAACAUUAAUCAACUCGACACUCUGCUGAACGAUCUGGAACGGGAGCGAGAUUCUUCGUUGGAUCGAAGCCAACGAAGUCUACAUCGAGUUGAUUCUGGAUUGAAUGAGCCAGGCUCAAAAAUCAUCAAAACCACAACAACAUACUCAUCGUCCGGUGGUAAGCAACCUGUAUCUCGGGAGCUUGUUUUCGACUCCCCGGGAAGCUAUGAGGUCCGCCAAUCUCGAUCCCGCCAGCGAAGCCCGUCCUACGAGAAUGCCUCAUCCACCGUGAAGAACGUCUCCUACAGUUCCGACAGCAGCGGAAUCUACGGAGGCAUAAACCGCUCCCGCACGGUGACACCCGUCCGAUCCGAACAGUAUUACACCGAAACGAGAACAGUUUCGCCCAACUCGGACCUUGCUCCGCGGAACGUCCACUACAACGAAACGGUCAGCGUGGACACGGCUCCGGCAUCCAAGGCACUGGCCAAUAUUCCCUUGUCUGAAGGAAUUCUGCCAAGGCCAAACACGAAGGUGACCACCACUGUACGCACCUACACAUACGAACUCCCUCCGGACAGUGAGUUGAAUCAGACGUUGUCUUACCGAAACGAAUCGUUGCACCAGACAUCGAACACAGCAGUGCCAGCUGGUUAUCCUGAACGUGAUUUGUCGCCAACCCAUCAUGUCAACCCAAGCUCCAAAACCAUCUUGGUAAAAAAUGAAACCAUCAACACAUCCAACAACGUCCAGGAGUAUCCAGUACCAACAAUGCUAGAUCAUCAGCUGCCUCCUAACACCGCCAAAACGAUCUACUACAAGAAGGAUACCAAACACUCAACUACCAACUACUAUCCUGAACAUCCAACCGGUCCCGGACCACAUCCAACCAACUUCAAAGCUAUCGCUGGUCCCCCCGGUGGAGAUCACCCAUCGUAUCCACCAGGACCGAACACCUACAUCUACCGAGAAGAACGGACCAAUACAGCCAACAACCGCUACGGAUCUCCGGUCCCGUACAGUGACUAUCCGGACCGCAGCGGAAGCUACCCGAGGGAACCACACCACCCAACGACGGUGACGUACAAGUACAGUUCGACCACCACCAACGCCACCCGGAACAUUUAUCCUCCCCCGGAGGAACGAGAACCACUGCUGCAGCCAUUCCCGACCGACGGUAUCCCUCAGAACGAAAUCGAUGGAAAUCCUCCGAAGCGGGUGGAAGAUCUGAUGGCCACACUGGGAGAGAACGGACAAAUUACGUACAUGUCAAAGCACACCACUCACUCCUCCGCAAACGGCACCGGUCCGAAAAAGCUCCGCGAAGCGUCCCCGCCGAAGGUAACCGUGGUGGAGGAACCGGUUGAUAGCAAAAACGUGCCCAUUUCCUCGAAGAACGUUGCCGGCCCGCCAGUGUACUAUCCCCCGGGGCACGAGAUGUUUGCCAAGAAGGAAAGCGAAGCUGCCGCGUGGCGAGCUCAGGGAGAGUACGCCAAGGCAAGCGGAAAGUACAUGUACGAAGCGGAGAGCAAAUCCAAGACCACAUCCAAGUCCGGAGCAGCCGUUGUGCCCGUUUGUCUGCCGCUGUGCUGUGCCAUGCCCUGCAGCAUUAUGUAAUGUAAAAUGUUGAGCGUCGAGCUUUAUUUUCGUGGUAUCGCAGCAACUAGAGCCCCCAAGGUGCCCGCUCAUCGCCUGCGCCUCUUUGGAGCAGCUGACCCUGUUUACUUAAAACCGAUUAACAAGUCAACGUUAACAUUUUGUGUUUGGAAUACAACGACGGAAAAAUGUGCCAUUGUCAGUUUUAAUCUCUUUUGGAUAAACCUAACAAACCGCUGAAGAAAUCUAAACGAUAAUAGCAUUCGUUUUAAGAACUUCAUUUUAUAUUGGAUAGACAAAAGCAAUUUGUAAAAUUUCGGAACGCUUGAAGUGCCUAAAGCAACAGUGCCAAUUAACGAUAUUAUUUUGUUGUUUUCGUAUACACGCUAAUACAAUAUGCAAAUAAACAGUGAUAAAAAGUC